AUGUCGAGCGAGCAACCCACACGUUGUUGGUGGAAAGAAGGAGUAGUCUACCAGAUCUAUUGUCGCAGUUUUAAGGACACCACAGGGAAUGGAUUUGGUGAUUUAGAUGGUAUAAUUUCGAAGAUCCCGUAUCUCCAAGAUCUUGGGGUGACGAUAGUGUGGCUGAAUCCUAUCUAUGCAAGUCCCGAUGCAGACAAUGGAUAUGACAUUUCCGAUUAUUAUAGUAUUUCGAGUAAGUUUGGUGAUAUGAAGAAGUUUGAUGAGUUAUUAAGUCGAAUGCAUUCUGCUGGUAUUAAAGUAGUGAUGGAUUUAGUAGUGAAUCAUACGAGUAGUGAACAUCCCUGGUUUAAAGCGAGUGUAACAGGGGAAGGGGAUAAGAAGGAUUAUUACAUAUGGUCGAAAGAGACAAAUGAUUGGCGGACCUUCUUUAGUCAAAGUGCUUGGGAAUACAAUGCGACGCGACAGGAGUAUUACCUUCAUCUUUUUGCAAAAGGGCAGCCUGAUUUAAAUUGGGAGAACUCAUCUGUCCGGAGUGAUGUGUAUAAGAUGAUGAAUUGGUGGUUUGAGAAAGGGAUUGAUGGCUUCCGAAUGGAUGUCAUUAACAUGAUCUCUAAAGUCAUUCAAUUUCCAACGGGUGGUGUUUUUUUGAAUGGGCCGAAGAUCCACGACUACCUUCAAGAGAUGAAUACCAAAGUCUUAAGUAAAUAUGAUUGUUUUACUGUUGGAGAGAUGCCUGGAGUAGACAGUCAGUUAGCUUCGUUAUAUACAUCUCCGGAACGAAAAGAGUUACAGAUGGUUUUUCAAUUUGAACACGUGUCGAUUGGAUAUCAACAUGGAGACAAAUGGGCGAAAGGGGAAUGGAAGUUAACGGAGUUAAAGAAGUGUUUAAUGAAGUGGCAAAGUGAGUUACAUGGACGUGGAUGGAAUUCGUUGUAUUUAAAUAAUCAUGACCAACCAAGACAAGUCAGUCGAUGGGGAGAUGAUCAGAAGUAUCGAGUAGAAAGUGCUAAAAUGUUGGCUACGAUGCUUCACACCUUAGAGGGAACACCUUAUAUCUAUCAAGGCGAAGAGAUAGGAAUGACUAAUUUUAAAGUCGAGAGAAUAGAAGACAUCGAUGACUGUGAAACACUUGGAAGGUGGGAAGAGAUCCAAACUACUCAUCAAUUAACUUUGGAACAAUUCUUAGAAAGAGCGUCGGAAGUCGGGAGAGAUAAUGCGAGAACUCCUAUGCAAUGGGAUGAGACGGAAAACGCAGGAUUUACUCAUGGAAAGCCUUGGCUUCGAGUCAAUCCAAAUUACAAAGAAAUUAAUGUCAAAAAGGCUUUAGAAGACAAAGACUCGAUUUUCUAUUACUAUCAAAAACUAUUGAAAUUAAGAAAAGAAAAUAGUAUAAUGGUCUAUGGAGUAACUCAUUCAAUUCUCGACGAAAACGAAUCGAUUUUCGCUUACACUCGGUCCUUCGAAGAAAAAACUUGGCUUAUCAUCUUAAAUUUCUUCGGUCAAGAAACUCUCUUCGAAGCUCCAGAAAACCUCAAUACUAAAAAUCAUAAACUCAUCAUUAGCAAUUAUCAAGUCGACAACGAAGAAGAUAUCCAGAAGUUUAUUUUGAAACCUUAUGAAGCAAGAGUCUACUCUUUAUAA